CUCUCUUUCUUUCUUUCUCUCUUAUGCAUUCAUACCAAUAUAAAAUUCUCGUGGUGGGUGACUUAGGCACCGGGAAAACAUCCGUGCUACAAAGAUUUGUCUAUAACACCUUUUCAACGCAUUAUAAAUCCACUAUCGGUGUAGACUUUGCUCUCAAGGUGGUCCAACAAGAUUCCGAUGUCGUGGUGCAUUUACAGUUAUGGGAUAUCGCAGGUCAGGAACGUUUCGGAAGUAUGACCCGUGUCUAUUAUAAAGAUGCCAUAGGCGCCUUUCUUGUCUACGAUGUCACCAGGCCAAAAACCUUGGAUCAUGUCGUUAAAUGGAAACAGGAUUUGGAUGCUAAAGUACAAGUCCCUGGAGGAUAUGGUGAUAUACCUGCUAUUUUACUAGCAAACAAGAUUGAUCAGCAAGCGAAUCCAAAAAGCAAGCAGGAAAUGACAGAAUUUUGCGUAGACAAUGGGUUUAUCCAAUGGUUCGAGGUGUCUGCAAAGGAAAAUAUCGGUGUUUCUGAAGCAGGGAAAUACUUGAUUGAUGCGAUUCUACAGCUUGAAUCUACCAUUGAGCGAAAAAAUGAAUACGACGACGGAGAUUCUGCCAUUACAUUACAUGAGCCAAUCAAAUUAAAUAAAUCCAACCCAAAAUGCUGUUCAUAAAAAAAAAACACGUGUACAUAUAAAGGCGGGUCUAAAAUAAAAUUUAUUUACAAAAGUGUGUGUAUGUGUGUAUGUGU